GCCACAUAGCCGAAGCCUGGGGACAGGCGCUCUUGCCCUGAACGCAGUGGACACGCCAUGGAGCGCUCCCUGCACCGCGUCUCCCUGGGGAGCCGGCGCGCCCACCCGAACUAUUCCUUCUAUCUCACCACCUUUGGUCAGCUGAAGCUGUCGAUUAACGCUCAGGAUCGGGUUCUGCUGCUGCACAUCAUAGAAGGCAAAGGCCUGAUGAGCAAAGAGCCUGGCACCUGUGAUCCCUAUGUGAAGAUUUCUUUGAUCCCUGAAGACACUCGACUGUGCUGUCAGAAGACGCAGACCAUUCCAGACUGCAGAAACCCAGUUUUCCACGAGCACUUCUUCUUUCCUGUCCUGGAAGAGGAUGAGCAGAAACGUCUCCUGGUGACUGUGUGGAACAGGGCCAGUAUGACCAGGCACCGUGCACUCAUCGGCUGCAUGAGCUUUGGGGUGAAGUCUCUUCUGACUCCAGACAAGGAGAUCAGUGGUUGGUACUAUCUGCUAGGGGAGGACCUGGGCCGGACCAAGCACCUGAAGGUGGCCAGGCGACGGCUACGGCCCCUGAGAGACAUACUGUUGAGAAUACCAGGAGAUGAGGACCCUGAGAAUGGUGAAAAACUCCAGAUCACCAUCCCGAGGGGCAAAGACGGCUUUGGCUUCACAAUCUGCUGUGACUCUCCAGUCCGAGUCCAGGCUGUGGAUUCUGGGGGCCCGGCAGAGCGGGCAGGGUUGCAGCAGCUGGACACGGUUCUACAACUGAAUGAGAGGCCUGUGGAGCACUGGAAAUGCGUGGAGCUGGCACAUGAGAUCCGGAGUUGCCCCAGUGAGAUCAUCCUGCUCGUGUGGCGUAUGAUCCCUCAAGUGAAGCCAGGGCCAGACGGUGGGGUCCUGCGGCGGGCCUCCUGCAAGUCAACACAUGAUCUCCUGUCACCCCCUAACAAGCGGGAGAAGAACUGCACCCAUGGUAUCCAGGCACGACCUGAGCAUCGCCACAGCUGCCACCUGGUGUGUGACAGCUCAGAUGGGCUGCUGCUUGGUGGCUGGGAACGCUACACCGAGGUGGGCAAACGUGGGGGCCAGCACACUCUGCCGCCACUGUCCCGGGCCACGACUCCUACUGAUCCCAACUAUAUCAUCCUGGCCCCACUGAACCCUGGCAGCCAGCUGCUGCGACCUGUGUACCAAGAGGAUACCAUCCCUGAAGAACCAGGGACUCCCACUAAAGGGAAAUCCUACACAGGCCUAGGCAAGAAAUCCCGGCUGAUGAAGACGGUGCAGACCAUGAAGGGCCACAGCAACUACCAAGACUGCUCAGCCCUGAGGUCGCAUGUCCCUCACUCGAGCUAUGGCACCUACGUCACCCUGGCCCCCAGAGUCCUGGUGUUUCCUGUUUUUGUGCAGCCCCUAGAUCUCUGUAACCCUGCCCGAACUCUCCUGCUGUCAGAAGAGCUGCUGCUGUAUGAGGGGAGGAACAAGGCUUCCCAGGUGACACUGUUUGCCUACUCUGACCUGCUGCUCUUUACAAAGGAGGAGGAACCGGGCCGCUGCACGGUCCUGAGGAACCCCCUCUACCUCCAGAGUGUGAAGCUGCAGGAAGGUUCUUCAGAAGACUUGAAAUUCUGUGUGCUGUACCUGGCAGAGAAGGCAGAGUGCUUGUUCACUUUGGAGGCUCACUCACAGGAGCAGAAGAAGAGAGUGUGCUGGUGUCUGUCGGAGAACAUCGCCAAGCAGCAACAGUUGGCAGCAUCACCACUGGAGAGGAAGAAACUCCACCCUUACGGCUCUCUCCAGCAGGAGAUGGGGCCCAUAACCUCCAUCAGUGCCACCCAGGAUAGAAGCUUUACCUCAUCAGAACAGACUCUGAUUGGCUGAGCAAGCCCAAGGGCGGGACUGUGCUUCUGACAACUUAACCCUUUCUGGGGCAUCCCCUACCACACAGUAACCUCACUUCAACUGGACCCCAAAUGGAAGACCAAGAUGGUGGGCCUAGGGUCAUCUGAAGGAAGUGGUACCAAGAGUGUGUGUAGACUGGCAACAGGAUGAACGGUGGUGUGAGAGGCCCUGUGGGCAUGUGCAGACUGGCACCAGGAAGUCCUGGAUGGAGAAGACUCAGAAAGCAAGUUCCCUUCAAGCAGAAGGAGGCUGAAUGGUACCUGGGCACUUUCUGGGCACCUCAGGCAAGAGGGAGAGGUCAUUCCAAUGGAGAACAAUGCCAUGACCCAUUCCCACCAGAAGACAUCUCACCUGCCCACUUGUCUUUCAUCUGGACACAUUCAUUUCUUCAUUCAGUGACCAUUUGGGGGCAUCUCCUUUGUGUCAGUAUCUGUGCGAGGGCCUGGGGAUACUGUGUAGAACCAAAUGCACAUGGCUUGUGCUUCCAUCAAGAUCCCAGUCCCAACAGGAAGCAGGCAUUAAAUAAAUCAACACCAAUAUGUGAUCAUACACUGGGAGAGUCUAUGCAGGAACACCACAGAUGCUUUUAGAUGGUAUGGGGUCUAGUUGCUGUGUAUGGGGUACAGUGAGGAAGGACGUAGCUUGCAAGCUGAGGCCUAUGGGCUAGAAAGGAGCCAGGAAGCCAAGGACUUAGGAGAGAGCCUUUCAGGCAGUGGGAAUAGUAUAUGAAGUGUUCCUGAGAUGAGAAGGAGCUUAGAGUGGAGGGAGGCUGGUGUGGCUGUAGUUUAGUGAGGAGGAAGAUGCAGUGAGGGCCAGACUGUGCAGGGCUUAGACGGUGAAUACAUUAUCGAGUUUCCUAUAUACAGUGGGGAGCCGUGGAAGGCUUGUGAGAAAGGGAGCCACAGAAGGUCAGGUACAUUUCUACAAGAUCAGAUUUCAGAUGGGAGGGGCCCAAGUGGGUGUGAGAUCAGUUGGGGCUCCCCUUAGGCUUCCAGAGGAAGGACGAUGGUGACUUAUUUAGAGGGUACUUGGAUGGCAGGUAUGUGAAUGCAAGGCUCUGGAAUGAGAAGCGAUGAUUUCCUCACCAUCACUUGCCCUCAUCCUCCACUGUGCUUUGCUCUCUCAGUGAUGUGAAGUUUGGGCCUCCAUCACAGAGGUUUUCUGGUCAUGUCAGAGCUAGGGGCCAGUGCUGAGCCUAUCCAUAGGCUUUGGGAGCAGUGAAACUCAGCCUGCUGAGGUGGGACAAUUCAUAGUCCCCAGCCUUCACAGAGAUUGCCUGCAGUCACCCUCUGAUGCUGAGAGGUCUGGUGGGAAGCCAGAGCCUUUCACUCUGGGAACUGCUUUGUUUGCUUUCUGUAGUGCUCCUAAGGGUCAGGGACCCAUGGCUAGAUGUAGCUCAGCAAUCUUCACAGAGACAGGGCAGAAGGCUGUGCAGGGGCAGGAAAGAAUCCAGCCCACUCUCUGCCCACCUCAGCCAGAGCUCGGGGCUGGGCAGCUGUCACAGCCUUUCCUAACUGUGAGGUCCGUAAGGAAGGAAUCCUAAGGCUGUGGAUUGGAGGGACAGAAGCCAUCUGCAAAAGGGUACCUGUAGGUGUAGGUACGGCGAGUGUGUGUGUGGGGUCAGAGAGAUGACCAAGACCAAAGAAGCCCCGACCUUGGUCAUUGAGUUAUCAUGUCAGCAUAUUUAGAGAAGGUUCCUAAGUUCUUGUGAGUUUCCUAAACUGCUGGGACCACUUGAACCCCCAAAUGGUGGCCUAGAAGAGAGCAUGUUUCUUAUUUCCCGUGUAUGUUCCUCCCAGCGUAGGAAAGAUGAGACAUGUUGAAUCAGCAGUUUAAUGGGGGAGGGGUGGAGCUGUAGGUGUCAGGCUAAUGCCCCACCCAGCAGGAAAAGAUGCUGCCUGGCCUGGGACAAGAGAUGCUCAGCACCAUUGCCAGCCAGCGCUUGGCCUGCAGGGGGAAUCUGAACAGCUAAGCAGCUCAGACAGCGAGCUGUACUUAGAUUUCAUUUGAUUCUCUUACACAAUGACAUUAAGGGGGAUGGGAGGCACAGGAGAAUUGCACCUGGGAAGUCAGCAAGCUUGCUUCUCCUGGGUCCAGUGACCUAACUCUGUCCAUCAAGCAGGUGCAGACAACAAGAGUCACAGAGAAAUGGAGGCUCUGAAUGCAGCACCCAGCCCUGGGGCUGGGACAUUCCUCCUAGCUUGCAUUGCAAACUCUUGUGUGGAACAGACACUCCCAUCAAGCUCACAGGCCUGCUGGCUGAUGGGAAAGAGAACAGGCCCCCCUGGUGGGUCCUGGGCUAACUUGCUCAGCAACUGUGGUGAGCCACAGCACCAUGGCUGCCCUGCCUCAUGAAUCAAUAUAGCAAUUAAUUUGGCGUCAAGGGCCCAAGAAGAUGAAAUAUGACCUGGAGGCCACUGCUCUUCAGUCCAUCCCAGCUGUUCAGGAGGACGAACAAGCCCUGGACAUUGCAUUGGAGAGUCAUAAUCACGGGAAACAUGACUGGGCCCCUCCCUGCAACAUAAAUCACGCUAAAAGCACACAAUGACCUCUUUCCUGAUGGGCCAAUUGUCUUGGGUGGAUGUCUUGGGCCUGGGAGCUGGGAAGGGAUGGGAACACAACCAUUUAUUGUUGAAAGGCCAUCUGUGCGCUUUGAAUACAAAGUGACCCUUUUAGUUCCCUCUACACCCUCGGAUCCCAUUUCAUGUUUACUAUGUCUCAGGCUUUGGGUCCCCAACUUAUCUCUGUUGUAAGCUGUCAUGCCCAGGACUUUUGGCCCUUUGGGAACUGGGACAACAUAGACCUUUUGGGAAUGGUGAUGCUUA